UCUGAGGGGAUGAGGAGAUACACAGUGCUGGUCCCUGUUCUCCUAACCUGCUGGUGUCUGCUGCCGGUGUCUGUAAAUGGCAUUCACCCAGAAUGCAGAUUACAUUUGGAAAUCCAUGAAGAGGAAAUCAAAUGUAUGGCCUUCCUAAGUGCCCAGACGGAAUACAAAGCAUGUAGUGGAGUCUGGGAUAAUAUUACAUGCUGGCACCCGGCUGACAUUGGAGAGACCGUCACAGUUCCAUGUCCAAAAGUGUUCAGGCAUUUUUACAACAAACCAGGAAAUAUCAGCAAAAACUGUACUAGUGAGGGAUGGUCAGAGAUGUUUCCAGAUAUCAUAAGUGCCUGUGGCUAUACUGACUUUGAAGAUGAUAAUAAGAUCACUUUUUAUAUCCUGGUGAAAGCAAUUUAUACCCUGGGAUACAGUGUGUCUCUGAUUGCUCUGACAACUGGAAGUAUAAUUCUUUGUCUAUUCAGGAAACUGCACUGUACGAGGAAUUACAUCCAUCUGAACCUUUUCCUCUCUUUCAUCUUGAGAGCUAUAUCUGUUUUAGUCAAGGAUGACAUUCUUUAUUCUAACUCUAGCGCUGUCCACUGUCUGGACCAGGCAUCUUCAUGGGUUGGCUGCAAGUUGAGCUUGGUGUUUUUCCAGUACUGUAUCAUGGCAAAUUUUUAUUGGCUCCUGGUGGAAGGGCUUUACCUCCACACACUCCUUAUGGUUAUAUUUUCCUCAAACCGCCAUUUCCUGAUGUAUCUUCUGAUUGGCUGGGGAAUCCCUACAAUCUUUAUUGUUGUGUGGACUAUGACAAGGAUCUUCUUAGAAGAUAUUGGCUGCUGGGAUACAAAUGAACAUAAUGUUCCCUGGUGGGUGAUACGAAUACCAAUUUUAAUUUCUAUCAUUGUGAAUUUUAUCCUUUUCAUUAGUAUUAUAAGAAUUCUACUGCAGAAGUUAAGAUCUCCAGAUGUUGGAGGCAAUGAUCAAUCACAGUACAAGAGACUUGCCAAGUCAACGCUGCUGCUCAUCCCUUUGUUUGGAGUUCACUAUAUGAUUUUUGCCGUAUUUCCUAUUGGCAUUUCCAGCAAAUAUCAAAUACUAUUUGAAUUAUGUAUUGGAUCAUUCCAGGGCCUGGUUGUUGCAGUUCUGUAUUGUUUUUUGAACAGUGAAGUGCAAUGUGAGCUAAAAAGAAAAUGGCGAAGCUUGUGCCUGAACCAGUCCAUGAGCCGGGAUUACAGGCUACACAGCUCUUCGAUCUCUCGCAAUGGCUCUGAGAGCAUCUUGCAUUUUCAUCGGAAUUCCCGAGCCCACUCCUUCCUGCAGACUGAAACCACAGUGAUAUGAGCAACAGCAUCCAGCUGCCCAUAACUGCUUUUAAAAAAAAAAAAGCUCCAUGAAGGACUGUAUCCCAUUCAGCCAGAUGUGGUAUAUUUCUCAGCUCUGCUUUGUGUGCUUUUGCUUCCCCUCCCCGUCUCCGUGUCCGGAAUGGCCUAAUUCUGUGAGCUCAGCCCUGUAGGCUCUGAGCUUUAACAUAGUCCUACUCAUGUUGCACUCUCGUGUGAUCUUUGUCAUUUAUCUGGAUCCGAAAGCUAAUUAUGGCUAAGCUACAAUAUUUAAGUUGUUUGGUUUUUUUAAGGAGUUUCAGACCUACAAUGUAUAUGCAUUUGGGAUCUUUGGUAACUUGUUCAUUAUCAAGAGGAAAAGAGAAGGGAGGGAGACGACUCCUGGGAUAAAAAGGUCAAAAUCGGUCAACUGCAGCAAGAGGGGUCAAGGAGCUAGAUCCUGCCCUGUGAAGUGCAGCUCUUGGUGGUCUCCCACUGACCCCAGUGAGGACUUCAUCAACCUCCCUGAUCAAGCCUUUAAGUUAAGCAUGGAGACAAGGAACCCUUCUUCUAUGAGAAAUCCUGAUUGGAUUCAGACCUACCUCAGUGAAAUCUGUGCCCUACAAGAGGACAUUACUCUCUGGCGUACAAGGCAGCCAUGACAGGUUAUUUGUGGUGUCUGGCUUUUAGAUGAUGCUGUUCCCCCAAGGCUAAUAUCAAAAUGAAUCUUAAAGAAGGCAAAACCACCAAGUCGCUGUCAGUCCCCAUUCUUAACUCAUAGGGGGCCUUCGCUUCCCCCUUGCCUGCUUACCACUCACUCAGAGCCCUGGCUGUCUCCACUGUGGAAUAUCUCCAGGCUUUUCUCCUCCCAAGCAGUGCCCAGUAUCCCAGACUUCUCGCUCUUCCCUCUCUUCAACAAAAUUAAUUUAUCCUUUGACUCAUCCCCAAAUGGUCUUUCUGUCAGCUAGAAAAAUAAUCAACUAAUUCUCACUAAAGUAUUAAUGACUAAAAAGUACUUAAAGUACUGCCUGUCUUGUGACUAUUUACUUUUUAAACAGGGACUUCUAACUCCUCCUCUCCCAUUAAAUCUUUAAUGGUGGGAUUUUAGGCAUUGUAACAGGUAGAUAGAUAAGCUAUUUAGGGUUUAGGGGAGCGAAAGUCCCCCUCGUAUCAUAUACCAUAUAGGCAUCUUCAUACUCUGCCUGUGUGAGAAGUCAAUUCCAGCCUAAAAUACCCAACCUAAUGUGAAGGUGUAGGCCACAUCCCAGUAACCAGAGUAAAAAUGAAGACAAUAUCAAAAGAGCAAAGGAGGAAACUAAAAUGGUGGUAAUGGGGGGGAGACACUUUGAACCCCUCUGUCACAUUUCAAAAUUGCUUUUAAGUGGAGAAUUAGUGGAACAAUGCACAAAGUGGGGAACUGUCUACAGUUUCAUUUUAUAAAUACUAUACCUGCAAUCAGCCAUCAGAACUUCUGGGUUCUCUUGUAUACAGAGGAAUUGGGGGUUUCUGACCUGAAAGAAAUUGAGGAGGGCAGCCCCUGUGGGAAGGGUAGACAUUGGAAAGGGCACCCUUGUUUAUGCUAUGUGGGUGGCAUACCUGUCUUUGAAGGCCAUAUCACACCCAAUGAAAUCUGACAAGUCUUGCCUAAGGUUCUGUGGUGGCCUUAGAGUUCUUGAUUUGUUUUUAGAAGAAAAAAAUUGCUUUUUACAGGGGUGAAAGCAGAGGUUCCCAACCUGUCAAGAUUCCUGGGGAGGCCGAUGGAUUGAUUUCAACGGGUCUACGAACUUGGAUCAGGAGAAAAAUAUAUCUAU